AUGCAUCUCUGGGGGAACUCCCAGCCCUUAGGCCUCUCUGCCCUGAGGCAAAGGCCUCAAGUUGCAACAGAGCGCUUGCUAGGCCAGGGACCUGCUCAGACGCCAUCUGACGUGCCCCCUCUUCCAACCAAGCGGGGCUUUCUCCAAAGCGGGGAGGCGGCGCCCCGCCCCCCCCCCCGCCACCUCGGGGAGCCCGGAGGCCCUACCCCCAACCCUUCCAACGGGCCCAGAGAAACCCAGCAGCCCUCCCUGAGGCUGCAGCAGGGGCCGCAGAGGGAGGCCAAGGCAAAACCAGCCUUCCGGCGGCGGCUGCGGCCCCGAGAGAGAAAGUUCGAGAAAAAUCAGUCUUCUAGGAAACCAGAGGUGCCCUUCCUGGCAACCAGACCAGUAACCCCGGCCUCACCCACCGCAAGCUCGAGGCCCUUCCCGCUCGGGCCGGGCUGCCUCCUGCGGCUCCCGACGUGGCCCAGGCCCCGCACGACCGCCCCGCCGACUCGGGACCUCAACCCGCUCGCGGCUCCACCUCGCACCCUGCCAGCUCCUCUGGAAGGCUCGCCGCCCGCGCACACCCCGGGCUGGGCUCCGCCCGCAGACGAAGCCCCGCCGCCCGACUCCCGAGCCCGGCGCUCUGGCUCUCCUGCCGCACUGGCGGAGCGCCCCUCAGUCGCGGCCCUUUCCCGGCUAGCAGCCCCACCGCUCCCGUCCAGGGGCCUGAGGCCCUCGGCACGCAGGCCGCUCACCGAGCUUCCCACAGGCAAAGCGCACGCACCGCCGCUGCCGCCGCCAAACUCUCCCACCACAGCGCCGGUGCUCUCCACCCCUCGGCCUUCGAGGGUGACCACGCUGAAACGCACAGCUGUGGUCCUGGCUCUCACCGCCUAUGGAGCCCACAAACUCUACCCCUUGGUGCGGCAGUGUCUGGCUCCCGCCAGGGGAACCCUGGGGCCGGUGGGGCAGCCCCUGCAGGAGGCCAAGGCCAGCGUGAACCGGGUGUUCCUGCAGCGACUCCUGUGGCUUCUGCGCCUGCUCUUCCCCCGGGUCCUGUGCCGGGAGACGGGGCUGCUGGCCCUGCACUCGGCUGCUCUGGUGAGCCGCACUUUCCUGUCGGUCUACGUGGCCCGCCUGGACGGACGGUUGGCCCGCUGUAUCGUCCGCAAGGACCCACGGGCCUUCGGCUGGCAGCUCCUGCAGUGGCUUCUCAUCGCCCUACCUGCCACUUUCGUCAACAGUGCCAUCCGUUACCUGGAGGGCCAGCUGGCCCUCUCCUUCCGCAGCCGUCUUGUUGCCCAUGCCUAUGGCCUCUACUUCUCCCAGCAGACCUACUAUCGAGUCAGCAACAUGGACGGGCGCCUUCGCAACCCUGACCAGUCCCUGACAGAGGAUGUGGUGGCCUUUGCUGCCUCUGUGGCCCACCUCUACUCCAACCUGACCAAGCCACUGUUGGACGUGGCCGUGACCUCCUACACCCUGCUCCGGGCAGCCCGCUCCCGUGGGGCUGGCACAGCCUGGCCCUCGGCCAUCGCCGGCCUCGUGGUAUUCCUCACAGCCAACAUCCUGCGGGCCUUCUCCCCCAAGUUUGGGGAGCUGGUGGCAGAAGAGGCCCGGCGGAAGGGGGAGCUACGCUACAUGCACUCUCGUGUCGUGGCCAAUUCAGAGGAGAUUGCCUUCUAUGGGGGCCACGAGGUGGAGCUGGCCCUGCUACGGCUCUCCUACCAGGACCUGGCCUCGCAGAUCAACCUCAUCCUGCUGGAGCGCCUGUGGUACGUCAUGCUGGAGCAGUUCCUCAUGAAGUACGUGUGGAGCGCCUCAGGCCUGCUCAUGGUGGCUGUCCCCAUCAUCACUGCCACCGGCUACUCCGAGGCAGACUCAGAGGCAGUGAAGAAGGCUGCCUUGGAGAAGAGAGAGGAGGAGCUGGUGAGUGAGCGCACCGAAGCCUUCACCAUCGCCCGCAACCUCCUCACGGCUGCUGCGGAUGCUAUCGAGCGCAUCAUGUCAUCAUACAAGGAGGUGACAGAGCUGGCUGGCUAUACAGCCCGGGUCCAUGAGAUGUUCCAGGUCUUCGAAGAUGUCCAGCACUGUCGUUUCAAGAGGCCUGGGGAGCCUGAGGAUGCCCCGGGGGAUUCUGGGGCUGUUGUGAGGCAUGGUGUCCGUGUGGAGGGGCCCCUAAAGAUCCGAGGCCAAGUGGUGGAUGUGGAGCAGGGCAUUAUCUGUGAGAACAUCCCCAUCAUCACACCCACGGGAGAGGUGGUGGUAGCCAGCCUUAACAUCAGGGUGGAGGAGGGCAUGCACCUGUUGAUCACGGGCCCCAACGGCUGCGGCAAGAGCUCCUUGUUCCGGAUUCUGGGCGGGCUGUGGCCGGCGUACAGCGGGGUGCUCUACAAGCCCCCGCCCCAGCGCAUGUUCUACGUCCCCCAGAGGCCCUACAUGUCCCUGGGCACCCUGCGGGAGCAGGUCAUCUACCCUGACUCGGUGGAGGACAUGCGCAGGAAGGGCUUCUCAGAUCGGGACCUGGAGGCCAUCCUGGACAUUGUGCACCUGCGUCAUAUCCUGCAGCGUGAAGGAGGUUGGGAGGCCGUGUGUGACUGGAAGGACGUGCUGUCGGGCGGGGAGAAGCAGAGGGUCGCCAUGGCUCGGAUGUUCUACCACAGGCCCAAGUAUGCCCUCCUGGACGAGUGCACCAGCGCCGUCAGCAUUGACGUGGAAGGCAGGAUCUUCCAGGCGGCCAAGGACGCAGGCAUUGCCCUGCUCUCCAUCACCCACCGCCCCUCCCUGUGGAAGUACCACACCCACCUGCUGCAGUUUGACGGGGAGGGCGGCUGGAAGUUCCAGAAGCUGGACUCAGCGGCCCGCCUGAGCCUGACCGAGGAGAAGCAGCGACUCGAGCAGCAGUUGGCGGGUAUCCCCAAGAUGCAGAGGCGCCUGCAGGAGCUCUGCCAGAUCCUGGGGGAGUCUGCGGUCCCCGGGCAGCCCCCGGCCGCCCGCCUGGCAGGCCCUGGGCUCGCCCCAGGCCAGCGAGCUCACGUGUCCUUCCCCCAGCCCAGCUCCCUGGGCGGUGCCCACCGGGAGUGCGCCUGA